GCUAAACUGUAAAAAAUCAUAAAGUGCUUACAUAAGCCAAUUUUAAAUGUUAAAACGACCCUCCACCAGAAAAAUACAUCGAAAUUAAAAUGAAAGAAAUGAUAAUGAAUUAGAUUGAUAAAGAAAGUCAAGUUUGAAGUCAUAUUAUUAUCACAUAUAAUCAAUUACCAUUCAAUCAAUUCUAAUCAGUCAUAAUGUAUACUAGCUCACUUGUUACACUUUCAUUAUUGACUGUGGGAGGUUAUAUGUUAUUCACCGGGAAUGGAGAAUCAUUCAAUGUAGGGGAAUUCCUAGAAACCACUUCACCAUAUUUAUGGGCUAAUUUAGGAAUUGCUUCUUGUAUAGGGUUAUCAGUGGUUGGAGCUGCCUGGGGUAUCUUUGUUACUGGUUCAUCUAUUAUUGGGGCUGGGGUUAAAGCUCCAAGAAUCACUACUAAGAAUCUUAUAUCGAUUAUUUUUUGUGAAGUCGUCGCCAUUUAUGGAUUAAUUAUGGCCAUUGUAUUCUCAUCAAAAUUAGUAAGUGUACCUGAAGCUCAAGUAUAUACUAAAGAGAACUUAUAUACUGGAUUUUCCUUAUUUUGGGCUGGAUUAACUGUGGGUGUAUCCAAUUUAAUUUGUGGUGUUGCAGUGGGUAUAACUGGUUCAACUGCUGCUAUUUCUGAUGCUGCUGAUUCUUCCCUUUUCGUUAAGAUUUUAGUCAUUGAAAUUUUUGGAUCUGUCUUAGGGUUAUUUGGUUUAAUUGUUGGUUUAUUAAUGGCUGGUAAAGCUCAAGAAUUUAGUUAAAUAGUAUACUGACAUAGUAUUGAAUUUUUCUAACAAAAGUAACAUUCUUUCAUCAUAUCACAUUUUUAUUCAAAGACCAUGAAUCCAUUCAUCCAUCUUGUUUAGUUCAUUUCAAUUAGAGAAGGUUUAAUCUACAACGAAGCCUUUCUCUUCCCAUUUUUUUAUAUAUAUCGUAUCAAAUUUUUUUUUUAUUAAAUAUAGAAAUCAUUUUUUUGUAUUAAUAUUUAUUGUAUUUUAAAUUUCUUAUUUUAAGAAGAAUCUAUGAAUCUAUUUCCAUAUAUUCUGGAUUUUUCUUUAAUAUAACUACACCUUCUAAGGAUCCACUUAAAGAUAUCCAUUCAUCAAUAUUUUCUAAUUCAGCUCUUUCACCAUAAUUUAAUAAUACAGGUGUUGACUGGGUAACCCAACCUGUUAUAGUCUUUGGUUUACCAGCUUGACCAACCACAUCAACAGCUUGACCAACUCUAACA